AUGAAGAAUUAAGUUCUUUCAAGCAUUUUUAUACUUUCUUUCAUCACUUUUGCCUUUGCAGAAUAAAAAGAAGAUUAAACAAAAUAAUCUAUUAGUGAAGAUAUCUCUUCUAGUCUCUCUUUAUUGAAAGAUCAUGGUGCACUAUUAGGCUCUAUGAUUUCCAUAUUAUUUUCUGAAGUAGGAGAUAAAACUUUUAUUAUUACUGCUAUUCUAUCAGCAAAAUACAAUAAAUUUUAUGUCUUUCUUGGAUCAUAUGGCGCUCUCUUUUUAAUGACCUUUAUCUCUUGCUUUAUUGGUAACCUAUCUGACUAUAUACUCCCUGAAAAGUAUAUUAAAAUCGCAUCUGCCAUCUUGUUCUUCUUUUUUGGAUUCAAAUCUCUAUACGAUUCAGCAACUAAUUAACUCGAAGAUGAUGAUUAAGAAAUCGAAACAGAAAUUAAGGCCUUAGAAGAAAAAUUAAACAAGGGAACCAAAGAUAGUAUAGAUGAUUAAAGCGAAGAGUCUAAACAAGAAGUUAAAAAAGUAAAAGGUACUGAAGACUCAAUCAAUUCAAGUAGUUAAUCAUAGGUUGUUUAAAGAGAGUAGAAAAAAAGCGAAACAAAAUAAAAUAGUAAACAAUAAUCAAGUCACUAAGUUUCAAAUAAAACUAUUGCAGCUUUAACAUUUGCAUAAAAUUUUUUGGGAGAAUGGGGAGAUAAAUCCUAAUUAUCAACUAUAGCUAUGGGUGCUUCCUUUAAUUUCUAUAAAGUAUUCAUAGGAGCUGCACUUGGUCAUUUUUGUUGCUCACUACUAGCUAUUACUGGAGGUAAAUAUUUGGCAGAAUAGCUCUCUGAAAGAACAUUAACAUUCUUAGGAGGACUUCUAUUUAUAACAUAUGGAUGUGGUACUUUAUAUAGUAGUCUUGUCUGA